AUGUCCCACGACAACAAGGUAUCCAUGGACGCCACCACCAUCGACUUCAACAACAGCACCGGUGCCAAAACCCAGUUAUCCUCCGCGGGCCACUCCGUCCCAGGGAGCGAAGAGCUCGAUCGCUAUGUCACAGACGACGUCCCCAGGCAGCAGAAGAUGUCUGUCAGGCCUCAAACCGCCCCCGAGGGAGGUUUGAUCGCCGUGCAACCCCUGCAGAAGAACGAGAUGCAACCUUCUUACGCUCAAGACCUCGGCGCCGGCUCAAUCGACCACGGCUGCUAUGGAAGCUUCAUGAACGGCCUUGGUGCUUGUAUCGGUGCUCUCGGUGUCGUGCCAUGCUGCCCCUGCCCGAACCCCUUCCACAACAUCUCCCAAGGCUCCGUCGGCCUCGUCUCCCGUUUCGGCAAGUUUUACAAAGCCGUCGACCCCGGUCUCGUCAAGAUCAACGUCUGUACUGAGGGCGUCCAAGUCGUCGACGUCAAGAUUCAGCUCACCGGCGUGCCCCGCCAGACUGUCCAAACCAAAGACAACGUCUCGGUCGAUGUCGACAGUGUUAUCUGCUGGCACGUUAUCUCGCCGUACAGAGCGGCUUAUGGCAUUUCCGACGUCCGAUCUGCACUGGUUGAGCGUGCGCAGACGACACUUCGACAGGUCGUCGGUGGUCGUGUCUUGCAGAGUGUCAUCUCUGACCGUGAAGGUCUCGCCCACGAAGUCGCUGAAAUCAUCGAAGCCACCGCCGAAAAGUGGGGUGUCGCUAUUGAAUCCAUCCUCCUCAAAGACAUCAAUUUUUCCAUCGAGCUCCAGCAAUCUCUCUCUUCUGCUGCUACCCAAAAGAGGGUCGGCGAGAGUAAGGUUAUCGCGGCGAGGGCAGAGGUCGAUGCCGCCAAGUUGAUGAGGCAGGCUGCCGAUAUCCUUGCUUCCCCGGCGGCUAUGCAGAUCCGACAACUCGAGGCUCUGCAGAACAUGGCUCGCAACUCUGGCUCAAAGGUCAUCUUUGUGCCGAUGAACCUCGGCGGAAUGGGCGCCGCGGGUCUUAACAACGACGUUGCCGACCAGAUCCGCGCUUCUGGUCAUGAGGGUGAGAAUGCCGAAGCUGGACCCUCGUCGGCCAGUAAUGCAGGGUUGAUCACUUCUAUGGCCAACAUCUAA